CUCCUUCUCCUGCUCUCCUCUCUGUGGACUCAGCUGCUCAGAGCAUCGUUUCCUCUGACAUCUCAGCAUCCCAGACUCCAGCCAACCAACCACAUGCAUGUUUUAAGAGGACUGGGAUGGACGGUUGUAUCCUGAGGGCUGGUGACACUGAAGUCUUGGUGAGAUGUCCUUGAGUGGCAAUGCGAGCCAUUCUUCUCCACCAGCUCUUACUCUGCCCUUCAACAGCUCCACCUCUUCAUACUCCCCAGCAUGGGAGGAGGGGAGAAGCACUCACGAGUCUGUGCAGGAGUGGUCAGGGAACAAGACGCAGCUCCUCUCAGACCUCGCUGUUCUCGGGCAUGAUGAGCAGUGCCCUAUGUCUCCUGUCCUCACGGCGUGUGUGGUGGUCUGGUACAGUAUGACAAUGGUGCUGGGGCUUGUGGGGAACAUCGGCCUCAUCUGCAUCAUCGCCCGUCGCAGGGAGAAGGUCAAUGUCACCAGCAUUUUCAUCUGCAACCUGUCAUUCUCUGACAUCCUGGUGUGUGUCUUCUGCCUCCCCUUCACUGUCAUAUACACACUAAUGGACCAUUGGGUGUUUGGCUCACUGUUGUGCCGGCUGGUGCCGUUCAUCCAGUGUGUGUCUGUGACCGUGUCUGUUCUCUCGCUGGUGUUCAUCGCUCUGGAAAGACAUCAGCUCAUCAUUAACCCCUCUGGGUGGAAACCAAGCAUCCCUCAGGCCUACACGGUGCUUGUUCUCAUUUGGAUUCUGGCCUGCUUCACCUCCUCGCCUUUCCUGGCCUUUCAACUGCUAACAAGUGAGCCGUAUACUAAUGUCAUGCUGCCCCAGUCUCCACUCUAUCACCAAGCCCCUCCUUAUAUCAAUGCAUCUACACCUCAACCUGUUUCCUUCACAUACAAAAACUCAUCUUCACCUAAAAAUGCAUACAGCGCGCUCUUUUCUUAUGCGCCCAUUACUCCGCACAUGGAGGCCUGUCUGGAGCACUGGCCUUCCCAGCAGCACAGACUUGCUUACACCACAUGGCUCCUGCUGUUUCAGUACUGUGGUCCUCUAUUGUUGGUCCUGCUCUGUUAUGUUAAGGUUUAUGUGCGCCUUCGCCACCGCAAAGACAUGCUGGACCGUGCCAGGACCCCAGAGAGCCAACGCAUGACAAACAGCCGACGGAUUAACAUCAUGCUGGUCGCCCUCAUUACAGCCUUUGCACUUUGCUGGCUGCCACUCACCAUCUUCAACGUGGUGUCGGACUGGAACCAGGAGGCUCUGCCCAUCUGCCACCACAACCUUCUGUUCUCCCUCUGCCACCUGCUGGCCAUGUCCUCUACCUGCAUCAACCCCAUCAUCUACGGCUUCCUCAACUCCAACUUCCGGCAGGAGGUGAGAGAGGUGCUCCUGCACUGCCGCUGCAGCCCGCCAGAGGAAGAGUGCGAGCGUUUCCCCAUGUCCACUGUGCACAUGGAGGUGUCCCGUUCCUCUGUGCCUCUCACGUGCAGGAGCAACUCUCUCUUUGAUAUAACAACCUGAAGGGUUGCGGCACUAGAAGGAUACAGACAGAUAAACUGAAUUACAGGACCUAUUCCUGUUGGUUUUCCUACCUUUUAUGGCAUCACACUAGAUUUGAGUGGUUUAAAGAGCAACAUUUGUUUCAGUGGUUUGAAGUGAUGUUUGC